AUGCCUUUCCCGCGCUGGUUUUCUGCGUUGCUGGCGGUUGCUGGUGCUCAGCCCUCGUACUAUGAUGCAGGCGUUUCGGCCUGUGUGGUGGGUGGCGGUUUCGACCACUUCCCCUUCUGCAACGUGUCGCUGCCCUUGGACGCCCGGGUCCACGACCUCGUUUCGCGCAUCCCAGUGGAGGCCAAGGCGAAUCUGCUGACGGCCCGGGGGCACCUGAAAAACCGAGGAAGGCAGGCCUUGCCCGAGCUCGGGGUGCCAUCGUACUACUGGGGCUCCAACUGCCUUCAUUCCGCCAUGUCGGCCAAUUGCACUGCUGCUGGUCGCUGUUCCACGUCCUUCCCCAGCGGUCCCUCCUGGUCGGCCACCUUUGAUCGUGAGCUCAUGCGGAGCAUGGCUGGGGUCGUUGGAAGGGAGACCCGGGCAUUUUUCAACAUGGGAAACUUCACGGACAAUGGCAAGAACGGUAUGGGCUUGGACUGCUGGGGCCCAGUGCUCAACAUCAAUCGCGAUCCGCGCUGGGGGCGGCACGGUGAGGGAGGCACUGAGGACCCCUUCUUGAUGGGUCAGCUGGGUUUGGCGUGGACCAAAGGAUUGCAGGAAGGAGAGGAUAAACGCUUCAUACAGGUGGCGGUGACCCUGAAACACUUCGACGCCAACUCCCUGGAGGGCGGCGCUGAGGCGGACCAGGGCUACGAUCGACACGACUUCAGCGCCACGAUUUCGAAGUAUCUCUUGGCGGACUAUUAUUGGCCCGCUUUCAAGGCACCCAUCAGAGAAGGCAAGGCCAAAGGGGUAAUGUGCAGCUACAACGCCGUGAAUGGCAUCCCCACCUGCCUUGAUCCCUUGAUGAAAGCCGCCCGGACCGCUUGGAACUUCACGGGCUACGUGACCAGCGACAGCGACGCGGUCAGCGACGCUUGGCGACGGCAUCGCUACGUGCAGACGCCGGCAGAAGCCAGCUGUUUAGCUGUGAAGAACGGGCAGUGUGAUAUUGACAGUGGAAACACCUACUAUGACAAUCUCCUGCAAGGUGUCCAGGAAGGCCAUUGUUCCAUGCAGGAUGUGGACCGAGCUUUGUUCAACACCUUGCGGGUGCGAUUUGAACUGGGACUGUUUGAUCCCACGGCUGACCAACCCUACUGGAAACUGGGCGCAGGUGACAUUGGAACUGACAAUGCGAAGGAGUUGAAUUUGGAGGCUGCGCAAGCCUCACUGGUUUUGCUCAGCAACCCGGGCAUUUUGCCACUGAAAGGCGGUCAGCGGCUGGCGCUGCUUGGGCCCCACGCGGCCGCCUCGAUGGAUCUCAUCCAAGUGGACACCGGCCGAGUGUGCCCUGGGGACACCGGGGAUGACGAGAACUUUUGGUGUGUGAAGACGCCUUAUGCAGCCAUUCAAUCGCUGAACGCUGCCAAAAAUGGCAGCACUGUCUAUGUCAAGGGCUGCAACUUGUCGGAAGCCAUUCCUGGUGGUCUGCAGCAGGCAAUUUCCGCAGCCAAGGCCUCCGAGGUGGUGGUUCUGGGUCUGGGCAUCUCGGAGCGCCCGGAGAUCAGCGACAAUUUUUUGGAGCGCGAAGCGCACGACCGCGACAGCAUCGAUUUGCCCAACGUGCAGAAGCAAUUGGCCGCUGAAAUCAUUGGACUCGGAAAGCCGACGAUUGUUUUCCUGCUGAACGGCGGCAUGGUUGCAGUGGAAGAGUUCCUGAACAAGAACAACGUGGCAGUGAUCGAAGCCUUUUAUCCCGGGAUGGAAGGUGCCACGGCGCUUGCUCAAUCCAUUUUCGGACUAGCCAAUAAGUGGGGCCGCAUGCCCUACACGGUGUAUCGAUCAGACUGGCCCAAUCAUAACUCCAUGAUCGAUCACGACGUCACGCACCAGCGCACCUAUCGCUACGGAGCGGAUGCCGUGGUACCGUUUGGUUUCGGCUUAUCCCUCAGCCGCUUCAGCCUAUCCUUCACGCCAACGUUGAACGCUGACCUUCGCCCCGUGGUGCUCUCCAGUACUGUGACAUCCAACGUGACCUUCACGGUCGUCGCACGAAAUCUGGGCUCACUCAUGGGCGAUGCAGUUGUCAUGGCCUAUUUUCACCCGAAGCAGGUGGCGUUGCCGUUGCAUCCCCAGAAGUCCCUCUUCGACUUCGCGCGUGCGAAGAACAUCGCAGCUGGAUCCGAGGCCCAUGUGAACUUCACCAUCUCCCAGAACAGCUUUCUUCUCGCCACUGCUGAAGGUGAUUUGGUGAGGGCACCAGGGGACUACCUGCUUACUUUCGAAGAUGGCGCCGGAGAGAUUUUGUCGUUGCAGCUGCAGAUUCAGGGUCCGCAGGUCGUGGUGGAACCCUUUCCCGGCAGGUCGUUGAACGCUGAGUCUCGGACAGAGAAGCGCGAAGUGGCGGCCGCGAAGAAAA